AUGUUCAGCCGACUCACCAGGCCGCAGAGCGCUUUGCGCGCGGCUUCCUCUUCUAUCCCCCCUACCUCCGCCUUCUCGCGCUUCCAGAUCCGUGGCCUUCAUCGCCUUCCUCAAUUGCAGCACGAUGCCACCUACAAGGAAAACGGUAUUCCGGAGUUCCUGUCUCCGGAGGCUUUCGACUUCUCCUGGACCCAAUACCAGUCCUUGCUCGUUGACAAGCUCAACCUAUUGACACAAGACACCGUCGAUGCUGAUGCCAAACCCGGAGAAUUGCUGGUCAAGUACUCUCGGCGUCCGGAGAUGGCCUCGGUCUUCAACUAUGCCUCAAUGGCCCACAACAACCACUUCUUCUUCAACUGUUUGUCCCCCACAGCCACCGCCAUCCCCGAAAAGUUCUCCAAGGACAUCGUCGACACCUGCUCCUCCGUGGAGUCCCUGAAGAUGGAUUUCCUGGCCACAGCAAGCUCAAUGUUCGGCCCCGGUUUCGUCUGGCUCGCCAAGAACCUCGAGCGCGAGGGCAUGAUGCACAUCUUCUGCACCUACAACGCCGGCUCUCCCUACCCAGCCGCCCACUCCCGCCGCCAACCCGUCGAUAUGUCCACCCACACCCCCGAGACCCAGCUGGGCAACCAGUUCGCCGGCUCAAUGGGCGCCCACGCCCAGAACCAGAAGAGCCUCGCCCCCGGCGCCCUCGACGUGCAGCCCAUUCUCUGCGUCAACACCUGGGAGCACGCCUGGAUGAUGGACUACGGUAUCGCCGGCAAGGACGAGUACCUCGAGCGCUGGUGGGAUCGGAUUAACUGGGAUGUGGUUUUCGAUAACUACAAUGCCGUCAGCUCGCUGAAGGGCACGCGGAGCUCUGCCAACCGCGAUCGGAGCAUGGGCAUGCUCUAA